AGCUUCCCAGCACAACCUGAGAAUUGAAAAUGCAGCUCAAUACAUUUCAGUUCUCCUUCUUCCUCUUCCUCUUCAUCACCUCCGCUUGGGGUUCGAGUGGCGGUAACGGUGGUGCUGCGAGCAGAAAGGUCGGGUCCCGAGAAGUGUGGGAGACAGGGCAGCCAAUAAGUAGUGGCAGUGGCUCUGGCCACGGACCCAACUGGCAGUAUAGUUGGGGGUGGUGGAGUACUAGCCCCGGUGGUGGUUGGGGUUCUGGUUCUGGAUCACCUGGAAGCAGGUAUGCUAAUGGGUGGGGUAGGGGUUCGGGUUAUGGAUAUGGCUCCGGGUCUGGUGGGGGAGGUGGAGGCGGUGGUGGCGGCGGCGGUGGUGGAGUACAUGGUGGCGCAGGUGGAGGCGGUGGUAGUGGUGGGGGAGGAGGAGGGAAAAACAACCAUGGCUGAAGUACUGGAUGCAAGUUCAUGAUCGAGUGAUAUGGUUGUAUAAGCCUUCUAUAUAUAUUUCUGUGUUGCAGUGUGUAGCAUAUAUAAUACUAAUAAUAGCUUUCUCAAUUCUUAUCAUAAAGAAAAGCUCAAGUCUUUGUCUAAUUAAGAAGAUAACAGUGUCGAUGUAAGUGUGGUGUUUAACCCUUUUCUCUUACUAGUCUUACAUGAAAAUUGUAGCUUGAUAUAUUAUAUAUACCUCUCCCUUGCUCAUUA